CUAUUUCUCUCUUUCACACUCAUUCAUUCACUUUCCCUGUCUUUCUAUCUCUCUCAUAUUCACACAACAACACAGACCACGAUACAUCAGCAGCAGUGACUGUACAACUCUACAGCAGGAUACACAGCUCAGCUAACGUUACACUGAGAAAGAUUUAACAGCAACGAUUUAUGGUAAAUGCUAAUGCCUCGCUUCUAAAUAGAUAUAAAUAAACAUAAAUACAAUUUAUAUAUUUUUUUUUUAACUGAUUAUGCUGACAGUAGUGUGGCCAAAACUUACAUGGAUUCUUAUGGCUUUACUGAAGCUAUCCUGUUGUGCUGACAUCAUUUUUCAUGUUAAAGAAGGCAGAUAUCCUGGUGAAUAUGUUGGGGACAUAGCCACCGAUAGACUUUUGUUAGAAAGCAUUCCAUUGCGAGAACACAAUCUACUUACAUUCAGUCAGCUGCAUGAAAGUUUGAGUGGGAAAUCUCAGCUAUUCAACCUCACCAAAACAGGAAAACUUUACACAGCACUGACAUUAGAUGCUGAAUCCUUUUGUAAAUACAACACUGAAUGUUCUGCUGUUGUUGAAGUAGCUGUUCAGAAGGAGGAUUCUUUUGUGAGGAUUAUAGAAGUUAAAGUCAUUGUCGAUGAUGUUAAUGAUAAUCCGCCAGAAUUUCCAGACAAAACAGUUAAUCUUCAGUUUUAUGAAACUGACGGUAAAGGAACUGCAAAAUCAAUACCAAAUGCUAACGAUCGAGAUGUUGGAGUUCUGAAUUCCCAAAUUACAUAUCAGUUAGCUGACAAUAUGAACGAAACUUUCAAGUUAUCAGUAUCAAAAAAGUCUGUGGGUAAAUCUAAACUUGAGAUUAUUUUAAAGAAAAAACUCGAUAAAGAGAUUCAAGACAAAUAUGUAUUAAGAGUCAUUGCCAGAGACAGUGGCUAUCCAACUAAAGAAAAUAAGCUUGAUGUUAUUGUAACCGUCACUGACCAAAAUGACAAUGAACCUGUUUUCACCAAGAAUGUUUAUAAUGUUUCUGUGAGAGAAGGAUACCACACAAAUGAAGCCAUUGUUAUGAUAUCAGCUAAAGAUUUAGAUUCAGGUGAAAAUGGGAAUGUUUCUUACAGCUUCAAUAGUGAUACCACAAACCUUACAAAGUCUUAUUUUCAGUUGAAUAGAGAAACUGGAGAGAUUUUUCUUAGCAAAAAUUUUCCAUUUGAUAAAAGACAAACCUAUAAGAUGUUCAUUGAUGCCACAGACAAUGGCAGUCCUCCAUUGAGUUCUACAGCAAUUGUACUAGUUAACGUGCUAAACCAACAGAACAAUGCUCCAAGGAUUGAUGUGAAAUUUGUCUCUAAAUCUGAUGGAAAUAUUGUUACCAUAUCAGAAGGAGUGAAAGUUGGUAGUUUCAUUGCUUAUGUGAAGGUCGUUGAUAAUGACAGUGGCCACAAUGGAGAAGUUGAUUGUAUUCUAAAUCAUGAGAAGUUUAUGCUUCAAAGUCUGGGGAAAAAUAAAUAUAAAGUUGUUCUCAAAAGUCUAGUUAAUAGAGAAUUAGAAAGUCACAUGGACUUAAGUAUUGUCUGUGAAGAUAAAGGAUUUCCAUCCUUAAAGACAGAGAGAAAAUUUUCUAUUGAAGUGAUGGAUGUCAAUGAUGUACAACCAUACUUUACAAAAAGCACAUUUAAAUUCUUAACUUAUGAAAAUGAAGAACCUAAUUUUCCUGUUGGGUUUAUCAAUGCUACAGAUCCUGAUUUAGGUCUGGGAGGACAGCUAUCAUAUUCUUUGUUUGAUGAACAUGGUUAUGUUCUUCCAUUUAAGAUUUCCAAUUUUGGAUUUAUUACAACAACUCAGUCAUUAGAUCAUGAACAACAGGAAACAUAUAGCUUCCAUGUUUUAGUCAAAGACAAUGGGACGCCAUCUUUGAAUAACACGGCCAAUGUUUUUGUUGAAAUCAUGGAUGAAAAUGACAAUGCACCUUAUUUUACUUUCCCUAGUGUUAACCCUUUCAAUCUAGAUGUCCACUACCAUCCACAGAGUAAGAGUGACAUCACAACCUUAAGAGCUUCUGAUAGAGACAGUCAUGUAAAUUCCUUCCUCAGGUAUGAAAUACUUGGAGGCAACAAUAAGCAGUUGUUUAAAGUGAAUCCACACACAGGAGUUUUGUCUUUCUCUCGUACAGUGUACCAAAAUGAUGCUGGAUCGUAUAAUCUAAAAUUAGCUAUCAAAGACAGUGGUACUCCAGUUUUAUCAGCCACAACUACACUGUCUUUGACGUUAACUGUUAGCAAUACAACAGCCAGAAUGUACACAGCUGAAGACACGGAAUCAGACAACAGAAUACAUAUUAACUUGAUGGUUAUUAUUGUCGUAGCAGCAGUGAUAGUUUCUGUUGCUAUUGUUGUGUCUAUAAUAGUAUGUGUUGUUCAUAAAAGGAGUCAGAGAAAUGUUCAGUAUGGCACAACUAAUGACUGCACUGGGGAAAGAAGACCAUCGGGUUACGUGUGUGAACAAAUAUCACCAAAAUACGAUGUUCCUUUUACCAUGGUAGCAGAUCAUGGCAGUAAUAAAACUUCUCAGACUACAUUAUUAAGACGAGAACAUCAUUCUGGAUACAAAUCUGACCAUAACUGGGAUGGUUCCACCUCAGGGAUACAUCUGCCUGCAAUUAAACAAGAAGCUUAUCAGGUGGCAACAGUAACAUCUGGAAUUGGUAAAGAAGAAAGACAGUGGGUUAUAGCUCCAGACCAUCUUAGUGAAAUGCCAGCGUUACCAUCCAUUACUGAUAAUCAACACAGUUGGAAUGAAGCCAGCACAGGGCUCUAUGAAACUUUACCAGGAAAUGAAGGACACUGCUUGUAUGAUGGUGAUACUCAUUUACGACGAUCAUGUGAUGCAGUUAACUAUUUUGUCCAGCCCAUUGCUUUCUAGUUGGAUAAUACCUAGGUACGAUGAAGACAGGUUAAUGAUAUCUGUAUACAGAAUUGUCAAUAUAUCAAACAAUAACCACAGAGGUUUGUCAGUGACACCAUACAAAAUACCUAUUUCUUUACUACCCACAAGGGGCUAAACACAGAGGGGACAAACAAGGACAGACAAAUGAAUUAAGUCGAUUACAUCGACCCCAGUGCAUAACUGGUACUUAAUUUAUCGACCCUGAAAGGAUGAAAGGCAAAGUCGACCUCGGCGGAAUUUGAACUCUGAACGUAAUGGCAGACGAAAUAUGGCUACGCAUUUCACCUGGCAUGCUAACAUUUCUACCAGCUUGACUCCAUACAAAAUACCAGUACAAAUUUGUCAGUGAUUUAGUGCCCUAUUUCCUGAAGCAGAUUGGUUUGGAACCCAGUCCUGAAACGAGCCACCAAAGAGAUUGGCAUUGCAGCUAAAACCAUCUGAAAUUGGCUGUAAUUGACAAGAGACCACAGAUGGAACCCUUCUAGAGAUUCUCACUGCCACACUCAGACAAAAUGUGUAGAUUAAGGGAUGAAAUAUUUGCAACCCCACAGUACGUGCUGAUGAUACAAAGGGGUUUACAAUGUCGCAAUUUUAGUCAUGAAAAUUGACUUACAGGAUACAAAACUGGUUUUUCUGGAUGUGAUAUUUUGUGUAGCUACAACCAACCACUAGAAUGGUUUACCAUCACUGUAGUUUUGUUGACAUCCAUUUGUUGCAAAUAGCUGACAGAUGGAUGAAAACUUAACAUUCUUUUCAACUUUCAAUGAGGAUUUUUCAAAUAGACAAUUCAAAACUGUUUCUAAAAGGUAACAAGUCAUUAAAUAAUGGAAGACAUAUAUCAGGGGUGGGUUAUGUGUGGUGGAGAAGGAGGUAUAAUCUGCCAACAUCUUAUGCUGUCCUGUCUCUUGAUUGUGUGGUCAUUGGGGGCAUUGGCUGAUGAUUCCACGACCAGAUUUUGCCACUUCUCUCAGUUUUCUACUGCUUUCUGUGAGUCAGUAAAAUUGAGGCCUAUCCACUUUUUGAUGCUUACAAGACCAUCUUUUCUUUGGCCUGCCUUGCUCUCAGCCACCUUUCACUGUACCUUGCAGGAUUGUCUUUGCUAGGCCAGGGCUUUUUUGUGACAUAGCCACACCAUUUCAGUCUCCUUGUAAUUACUAUUGGCAGCAGAUCAUUGUGUGGUCCAAUAGCCUCACUUGAUCAUUUGUCACAUAUUCUUUGUACAAGAUACCUAGGCACCAUCUGUAACCAGCAACCAGUAAGCUAACAUUCUGUGAUAAUUUGGCUUGUUUUCACAGAGGGAAUGAGAAGGGACCAAGAAUUCUAGGGGUUUGCUGUGCUUCAGAAGACACAUCAAGCUAAGUGAAUACUUUGUUGUCCUUCCAUACAGGCAUACUCUGCUGCACCCCUCUUCUGCUGACCAUUCCUAAUCUUGCAGGGUCAUAGGUGCUGGUGCCACAUAAAAAGCACCCAAGCUGGUGCCACAUAAAAGGCACCCAAGCUGGUGCUGCAUAAAAAGCACCCAGUAGUCUGUAAAGUAGUUGAUGUUAGGAAGAGCAUCCAGCCGUGGAAACCAUGCCAAAACAGACAUGGGGACCUGAGCAGCUCUUCAGCUUCCCAGCUCCUGUCAAACUGUCCAACCCAUGCUAGCAUGGAAAAUGGACGUUAAAUGAUGAUAAUGAUGAGGAUGAUGAUGAUGAUGAGGAUGAGGAUGAUGGUGGUGGUGGUGAUGGUGGUGAACAAUUAUUGUGUCUAGAGAGCUUAUACUCAUCUGACUCCCUAGUCUAUGACAUUUGGUCUGUCAUCUGUAAUAUGCUUGCAUUAGAUGCAGGGCAAUUUUUUUUUAUACAUUUAAUCAUCAAUAAAGCACAUCAUACACACAUCGA